CGGAUCAGCGGCUCCCAGCUCUCAUCCAGGCUCCAGCACUUCAGGCAGUCCCUGAGCGGGGGCCAGGACCUCACCCAGGACGGACUGGUGGACCUGGCCGUGGGGGCCCAGGGGCAGGUGCUGUUGCUCAGGAGUCUGCCUGUGCUGAAAGUGGGAGUGUCCUUGAGAUUCUCCCCUGUGGAGGUGCAGAAGGUUGUGUACCAGUGCUGGAAAGAGGUGCCCACCACCCUGGAAACUGUGGAGGCCUCGGCCUGCCUCACUAUUCAUAAAGACUCGCCUGACCAGUUAGGUGAUUUCCAGAGUUCUGUUAGUUAUGAUCUGACAUUGGACCCCGGCCGACGGAUUUCUCGUGCCAUUUUUGAUGAGACCAAGAACUGGACUCUGACUCGAAGGAAAAUCCUGGGAUUUGGGGAUCACUGUGAAACCAUGAAGCUGCUUUUGCCAGACUGCAUAGAGGAUUGGUGAGCCCCAUCAUCCUGCGCCUCAACUUCUCCUUGCUGAGACACCCCAUCUCAACCCAGAACCUUCGCCCUGUGCUGGCU